GCUCCAGCCUGUCGCCGGAGAGUGCGCGCUGUGGCAGCUGUCAGCAGGAAGGAACUGGUCUGGUUACUCUGGGCUCCCCGACUGGCUUUGUCUCCAGACUCCCAGCAACAGGCCUCCCUUCCAGGAGUUGGUGUCUGUCCUCUGCGCUUGGAGCUCCAGCACCGUCUGGGUCCUCAACCCCAGCAGACGCCGCGCCAUGGCCUCCAUGGGGCUGCAGGUGAUGGGCAUCGCCCUGGCCGUGCUGGGCUGGCUGGGUGCCAUCCUGUCCUGCGCACUGCCCAUGUGGCGCGUGACAGCCUUCAUCGGCAGCAACAUCGUCACGUCGCAGACCAUCUGGGAGGGCCUGUGGAUGAACUGCGUGGUGCAGAGCACGGGGCAGAUGCAGUGUAAGGUGUACGACUCGCUGCUGGCGCUGCCGCAGGACCUGCAGGCGGCCCGCGCGCUCACUGUCGUGUGCAUCAUCGUGGCCGCCCUGGGCGUGUUGAUGUCCGUGGUGGGGGGCAAGUGCACCAACUGCGUGGACGACGAGAGCUCCAAGGCCAAGAUCAUGAUUGUGGCGGGCGUGGUGUUCCUGCUGGCCGGCCUGCUGGUGAUGAUCCCCGUGUCCUGGACGGCCAACAACGUCAUCCGCGACUUCUACAACCCACUGGUGGCCUCGGGCCAGAAGCGCGAGAUGGGUGCCUCGCUCUACAUCGGCUGGGCAGCGUCUGGCCUGCUGCUGCUUGGGGGGGCCCUGCUCUGCUGCAACUGCCCCCCGCGUGCCGACAAGCCCUACUCCGCCAAGUACUCGGCUGCCCGCUCCGUGCCCGCCAGCAACUACGUGUAAGAUGCCCCGUCAGCUUUGUUUCUUCUCCCUGGACCGAGCUCUGCAGCCUGUGACCCCAGGAGGGCCCCCCCGUCACACGGCUGGGCAAGCAGGGACUGAGCCUGGCCGCUGGCUGGCAGCCCCCAGUGCCUUCUGGCUGUCUCCGACACCCUCCCAAGGCCUCUUCUAUACCAGCAAGGAUGGAAGGAAGGAGACCCCUGGGCCACCCUCCUCGGAACGGUCCAUGGAUACAGGCGAGGGGGCGGAAGCAACAGGGGGCGGCGGCGGUGGGGGUGGGGAGCUGGCUCCUGCUGGCCCGGACAGCUCAGCCCUGACCUUGGGCUCUGCCUCUGAGCACGCCAGCCGGUGGCCCCUCCAGGCCCGUGUUGGCGCCGUGCCCUUCUUUGAUCUUCCCCACUCCCCCUGCCUGCGUCUCCUGUGACUCUUUCCGGCUCCUUCUCCUGCUGCUGCCUCUCAGUUCCAGGGUGACCUCCGGCCCUGCCUGCAUUGGCGAGGGGGUGCCCGCUGAGUGCUCAGGUUGUGCUUUGCCCACAGAGACCUGCGGCCCCCAGACUGGCGGGGGCCUCGUCCAUCCACCUGCCCAUAGGCAGAGUGGGCAGAGUGGCUUUGGGAGAGGAGGGUUGAAAGUGCUACAAACUGGUUUGGGUGGUGGGGGGGGAGGGGACUGUGGGGACAGGCUACUCCCUCACUUUGCGCCCCCACUCUGAUGCCUCAGGACUCUCUCCCCAUCGCCAGCCUCAGCAGAGGGGGCCCCAGACCCCUCGAGUCUGACAACCUUCAAAUCCUCCGCCCUGGCCGAGGGCACUGGCCGGCCUGGAGAGGGCAGAGGGUCCGGCCCUUCUCCGACCCUCCGCCCAGGAAGUCCUGGGACUUUCCCUUGCCUCCUGGGUGGUUUCUGUUUUGUAAUGUAAGAGGACCUAUUCAUCACUGUAAUUAUUAUUGUUUUCUACAAUAAAUGGGACCUGAACACAG